AGAUACAGAAUGGGCAUUGUCUAUAUACUUCUUCUAAUUCAAGGGAUCACUGGUCAAAUUGUAUUGCAUGAGCCGCAGAACAUUGUAUCUAUGGAUGUCAAUGGCACUGCAGUCAUCACUUGUGUGUCCAAUGAAAACUCCUUCGGACCAUUAUUCUCCUGGUAUCAUAAGAAAUGGGGAAGUAUUAAAGACAUAGUCCGUGUGAAGUCAUGCAUUAAUGAUAAUGAUACACACAAGUACGCCUGUAAACAUGAGAAAAAUGCGACCACUUUGGAGAUAUAUAAUGUACAGAUCAAUGAUUCCGGAGUUUAUUACUGUAGAUAUCAUAAUAGACUGAAAUUUGGCAAUGGCACAUGUUUGAAUGUUGAAGAUGUGUCCACUUCAAAUAGUUCAAUUUAUAUUGUCAGUCAUGUCCAGCCUUCGCAUCCUGAUAACUCUUUACAGAUGGCUUGUGUAGUACUUGGGGCUCAUAAUGCAGUAAAUUUAUCCUGGAACAUCUCAGGAACAUAUCACAAGGGCCAUACAAUCUCAAAAGAAGGUUCGGAUGGGACAUGGACUGUAUUGAACUUUAUUUCCCUUCCAAAGGACAACUGGCACCAUGGUGUGAAAGGGAUUUGUGAAGCUUGGAUAAAAUCCUCUCCUAUCAGUGUUCACUGGGAAAUAUCAGGACAAGGGGAGAUCCAUGGAUGUGUUGCCUGUAAAUGUGAAAACUUCCGGAUACCUGUGGUCACUGCUGGGAUUUUACUGCUGUUGAUAUUGUCUAUUCAUCUUAUAUGCACUCUCAGGCUCACAGAUAAUAAGACUCCAUGUGUAAUGGAGAAGAAUAUUGUGAUUGAGGAUGAAGUUACCUAUUCAGAACUGAAUAUAAACAAUCUUACUAGAUUUAAAAAGCAUCAUGUACUGUGAAAUCCAAGAAUAUUGUAUAAACAGUGGAAAAAAAGCACUCACCAAGAAGAGCUACUCUUAUGUUUGAAAGUUAUCUGA